AUGAACACCUCCUGCGACGACUGCGGCUACAAGUCCAACGACGUCAAGACCGGCGGUGAGGUUCCCGAGAAGGGCAAGAAGGUCACCAUCAAGGUCAGGAACUCGAUCGAUCUUGCCCGCGACAUUCUCAAGAGCGAGUCCUGCUUCCUUGAGUGCCCCGAGCUCAACCUUUCCGUCAACCCUGGCACCCUCGGCGGCCGCUUCACCACGGUCGAGGGUCUCCUCACCCAGGUCCGCGACGACCUCCACAACCAGAUCUUCCAGACCGGCGCCGAGAACCCUGGCGCCGUCCACGCCGGCGACUCCCUCCCCGCUGAGGAGAAGGCUCGCUGGGACAAGUUCUUCGCCGACCUCAACGCCGCCAUCAAGGGCGAACGCGAGUUCUCCAUCAUUCUCACCGACCCCAUGGCCAGCUCCUACAUCCAGAGCUUGGCUGACGACCCGUCCCAGCCCGAUGACCAGAUGACGGUCGAGGAGUAUGAGCGUACCGCUGAGGAGGAGGAGGAGCUCGGUCUCACGGACAUGAAGACCGAGAACUACUCUGCGGAGUACGUUGCCGAGAGGGACCACUAA